CCUCCGUCUUCGUCUUGCUGGCCUUCAAGUACUCCUGCAGCCAUGCACGGACGAUAAGCUUGAUAGUGACGUCGAGAGCGCGUCACGGCCUUAUCGGUCGAACAACGACACGACCCUCGAUCAACAAACCUCAAGGCAUGCCCGAAUUGGAACAAUGGGCUUUGGGAUGAAAGGACCAUGCGGGCGCUCAUCAUACAAAAGAGGGUGCAUGUCAUACUGUAUAUAAGACGGAGAGUGAGAAGUUUGCGCCCCUUAUCGCCCUUGCCUCCGUUCCCGACCCCCACCGUGCUCCCGGUCCCUCGACUUUCUUUUCCUCGUCCGCGGUCCGCUGGUCGGCCUGGCUCACAUACUAUCGAUACGACACGACACGACAAGAGCUUGCUCUACUGACCUUGCAAUAUUUUCACUCCUUCUUUUGACGAAUCGACGAGAUGCCCACGUUCACGACGGCGCUUGCGCUCUCCGCCCUCGCCCCAGUGGCGAAGGGCUUUUUUCUCAUGGGCGUCCAAAACUACAUUGCCACAGAGCGUGUGGACCCGAUCAUGUACCCCGGGAAUGUCUCCAAUCAUGUCCACACUAUCAUGGGUGGCAGCAACUUCGGGCUCGACACGAACAUCUCCGCGCUGCGCGACAGCGAGUGCACGUCCAUGCCGAUCGCGCAGGACAAGUCGAACUACUGGUUUCCGCACCUGUACUUCCAAUGGUCCAACGGCAGCUACACCAGCCUCGACGCCGCUUCGACGGUGUACUACCUUUAUGACAACGACGCAGGCGUCAAGGCGUUUCCUGAUGGCUUCCGCAUGAUCGCCGGCGACGAGAACCUGCGCACCUUCGACAACAGCUCCGUGUCCCAACGCGCUAUCUCGUACAAGUGCCUCCAAUUCGACGAGCAGCCGAUGGAGGACUAUAACGGGUUGCCGCCCGUGAGCUGUCCGGCGGGGAUUAGGGCGCAGAUUAACUUCCCCAGCUGCUGGGACGGGCAGAACACCGACUCCGAGGACCACAAGUCGCACAUGGCGUAUCCGUCGGGCGGAUCGGACAAGGGGACGUGCGACGACCCGAAGUUCAACGUGACGGUGCCAAGGGUGUUUAUGGAGGUCUCCUGGUACACGAUGGACUGGGACAAGAUUCGGGACCAGGCGAUGAACUCCUCGCAGCCGUACGUACUGUCGAACGGGGACACGACGGGGUACUCGUACCAUGCUGACUACAUCUACGCCUGGGAGCCCGACGUCCUGCAGACCGCGAUCGACACCUGCCAGUGCAUGACGGAUAACUUCGGCGCGUACGACUGCUGCGAGGUGUUCGAGAAGAAGGCGGAUGGGGAGCGGUGCUAUAUCUCGAGUGCGGUGGAGGAGCAGGUUGUGGGCACGCUCGACGCGCUCCCGGGGUAUGAGCCGUACUCUAGGGUGGGGAACUCGACGAGCGCGUCGUCUUCCUCCCCCGCGGGUGCAUCGACUUCGGCCUUGAGCAGUGCAGCAGCGCCCUCAAGCGGCGCACCCACACUCUCACCGAGCAGCACGACUGCCUCGUCGUCCAGAGGCGAUGUAUCCUCAACUUCAGCGUCGACCGUGUCAUCGUCAUUGGGUAGUGCAGCGUCCGCUGCAUCGUCGGGUCAUGCCAAUGCCGCUUCAGUAUCUGCCUCGGGCGCCACCUUCGCGCCCGAGUCUGGCCCUGCAGCCGGCGCGGGUUCCUCCACUGGCACGGGCUCUUCUAUUGGCGCAAGCGCCUCGACAGCCCCUAGCAGCGCCUCAGCGUCGUCUUCGUCGUCCCCCGCUGCGUCGGGCUCCUAUCCACCCAACCCAUCCUCCGCCGCCUCCUUAGCCAACCUCCCCAUCGCGAGCACGACGCCGCCCAUCAUCUCGGGGCCAGCGAGCGUCUUCACGGAUGCGGCACCGGCGCCGAUCAUGACGUCGGCGAGUGCGGCGGGUGCUGGGCCGUCGAGCGCCGAGGCGUCAGGCGCUGGGGCGUCGGGCGCUGAGGCUUCAGGGGCAGAUGCGUCGGGUGCCUCUGCCGCGCCCUCGGUCUAUGCUCGCCACCGACGUUUCGUGCGUGCGAAGCGCCCCGUGGCGUAAGGGCGUCCGAUGAAUCCUUUGUUGUAGUCACGCAAGCUCCGUACCAAUGUCUACCGUAUGUCCAUGUAUCAUAGGUUUGUAUGUAGCUUUAGGUCAGUAUACGACGUGUUCCUCUCCCCAAGGAGACUCGCACCCGUACU